AUGUACCCCACAAUGUUACCUACACCACCACAAUCGCCUCCGCCCGUUACAAUAUGCGAUGUCCCAGAGGAUAGGCUCGGUUUGCUACUCGCCAACCGGCUAGAACUUACAAGCGUUCUUGGGUUUGUUGGAAACGAUUUCCUUGCCAAACGUGCUUUUCUCCAGAUUUUGGAUGCUGUGCAGUACUGUCACUCCAUUGGAAUCUACCACCGGGACCUUAAACCAGAGAAUAUUUUGGUCACAGAUCAUGGAAUGACGGUAAAGCUGGCCGACUUCGGCCUUGCUACAACCGAUUACUAUACAUCGGACUUCGGAUGUGGUUCAACGUUCUAUAUGUCACCAGAAUGCCAGCAAUCUACUCCACGGCCAUAUGCUUCUGCACCCAAUGACGUAUGGAGCCUUGGAGUCAUCUUGGUUAAUUUAUCUUGUGGGCGGAAUCCUUGGAAAAGAGCUUCAACCGAAGAUUCUACUUUCCGUGCCUUUCUUAAGGACCCACAAUUUCUGAGGACAAUUUUACCUCUGUCACCCGAACUCAACUCUAUUCUAAGGCGUAUUUUUGAAUGCGAUCCCCAAAAACGAAUUUCAAUAUCGGAGCUGCGCAAAUUGAUUGUUGAGUGUCCAAGAUUCACUCUUCGGUCUGGAUCUCCUUUGUCCAUGGCACCAACACCACCUUGCCAGAGUUAUCAAUACCAAAAGGAUUCCUAUAGUCCUGCCAAUUUUGUUCCUUAUCCGGUCUCUCUUCCAGCAGAGCCUGUCGAAACCCAAUAUUCAAUGUCAGCUGUUUCUGAUACUUCUCUCUCCGACGACGACGACGACGGCUCCUCCAUAUCGUCAUCUUCAUCGUCUUCAUCUGAGUAUGCACCUUACAGCCAAGCACCAAGCCAAUUCAGAUAUGUGCCUCCAAUGGUUCCCAACUUCUGGGGAUCUUUCAUUCCUUUCAGCGACAUUGCUGAGAAGAAUCUUGCACGACAACAUCCUGUGGAACCCGUCAUUGCCGUAUAUUGA